UUGUCCUUAUAUUUCUGAAACUUCAAUCAACUCUCAGACACACACACUUUUUUGUCUCUUUGCUGCUGUCUUUUAAUUUAUUUGUUAUCUUUUUCUACACACACUCAAAAAGAAAAUGUCAGUUGAAAAACUUUACACAUUCAUUCACUACUCUCCUCUGCUCCAAUGGCUUCCCUCCACAAACUUCUCUCCCAAGAAGGAUUCGAGCGCCGGAUAUCACGAAAACCAAACAAGAAAGUCAAGUUCAAAGAUGAUUCAAAUUCAAUCACUCUCCCUAUUUACAUCUGCCACGAUCGAAGAAGCUUCGAUUCUUCCUCCUCUAAGCCGAGGACCGGUCGAGCACCUUCGUUUAAGGCCUCUUCCGUCGUUUCGUCGAGAAAAGAAUACUCCGACUCCGGUUCCGAAAUGUCUAAUACGAAGACGACGACGAGAAGACACGACGAACCGGCAGCCAUUGAUGACGUGGCAAUCAAGGCCAUGGUUUCUAUCCUUAGUGGCUACGUCGGCGGGCAGUAUUCGAAAAACAAGAAUUUCCGGCUAAGUGUUAGAGAAAAGUGCAUUUCUUGCUUUGAGAAAAGAAAUAGCAGCAAUAAAGAGAUUCUCUCUCACAUGGAAAUGGGAAUUCAAAACAUCGAAAAAUUAGUCGAAAUUCGAGACGUAAAAAGAGAGAUUGAUUUAGAUUUAGACACACUCCAGAAAACAAUCAAGAUUUUGAACAUAGUGGCAGCCUUGGAUGACUCGUACAUCUCUUCGUGCGCGCAUCUCUACUUAUCAAUCGUGUACAAAAUCGCGAAAAACGACAAGAUUUCGGCGAGGCAUCUCUUGCAAGUGUUUGUUGAUUCGCCGUUUCUUGCUCGGACACAUUUGCUACCUGAAUUAUGGGAGCAUUUCUUUCUUCCACAUCUUCUCCAUCUCAAGAUUUGGUUUCAUAAAGAGCUCGAUUUUCUCGCGAGUUCGGGAUAUUACACCGAUAAGGAGAAACAUUGUAAAGCUUUGAACAAACAGUAUAACGAACAAAUGGAUAACGGUACAAUACAGUUUGCUCAAUACUAUAAGGAUUGGCUUAAAGUUGGUGCUCAAGCACCUUCGAUUCCUUCCGUUCCUUUGCCUUCGAAGCCGCGUUCGAGACGAAAAUCGGCUGAUUCUUCUUCUUCUACUUUGUAUCACUCUGUCACCAAUAAAUCGCUGUAUCAUGCCGUUUUCGGGCCCGUUUUGGAGGUAGAAGAUAUCAAGCAUUGCAAUCAUGUUGAAAAGAAAGCUGUUAUUGUUGAUGAAAGAAGACAUUCGAGUCAAAGUUAUAGUCGAACGUCGAAACCCGAUUUAUUUCCCGACGGUCAAAAGUCCGAUUACUUUCGGUUUUUAGGCUGCCGUACCGAACCAACAGAGUGUUUAUUACAUGCAAGCUAUAAUAGUACAUCCAACAAUGAGAAAAUCAAGAACGGUGAAGACGAUAUAAACCCUUUUCAGCUAAACGAAAUAUCGAAAGCCAUUGCCACUAUUUGCUCAUCCGAAAGCUUGACCGAUUGCGAAGCCGCAGUUCGUGCAGUUAGUGAAGCUUGGCUAAAUUCUCACCGAGAAAAAAUAAUCGAAAUCUCACUCUCGCAGGCAUCGGUGCUUAUACAAGGCAUAAUGGAGGUACUCUACGUGUCGAACGACGACGAGAUUCUCGAGCUGGCAAUCUCGAUCCUGGCGGAAUUAGCGACAAAAAACGAGACGAAUAGACAAUGCAUAUUGACUUCGGAUCCACAGCUAGAUGUUUUGAUACGGUUACUGAGAAGCAGCAACUUAUUCUUGAAAGCUGCUUCUUUACUCUACAUAAUAAAACCGAAGGCGAAACAGAUGAUUUCGAUGGAGUGGGUUCCGUUAGUUCUUCGAGUAUUGGAAUUCGGUGAUCAGUCGCAAAGUUUAUUUAGUGUGAGGUGCUUCCCUCACGAGGCAGCUUAUUACUUCUUGGAUCAACUUCUGACAGGUUUUGAUGAAGACAAGAAUUUGGAGAAUACUAAACAGGUAAUUUCACUUGGUGGGUUGAGCUUGUUGGUUAGAAGGAUGGAUUCAGGCGAUGGGUUUGAAAAGAGCAAAGCGGCUUCUGUUCUUUAUUACUGCAUUCGCGCCGAGGGGAGCUGCCGGCAUUACGUGGCGAAAAACUUGAAGAAAAGUACGAUCUUGUCCCUGCUGGUGAAGCAGACGAAUUCUGAUUUUGCAUUACUGACAGAAUUGUUAUUGCUCAACAGGAGAAGCAAGAGAGAAGAGUUCAUGAGAGGAUUGAUGAAGGGAUGGGAAAGCUUAAACACACUGCACAUUUUGUUGUGCCGUCUUCAAAAGGCCCGGCCCGAAGAACGGCCCGUUAUUGCUGUCAUUUUGCUCCAGCUAGAUCUCAUGGGAGAUUCUUUGGAAUACAGUGUGUACAGAGAAGAGGCGAUAGACGCAAUUGUGGAAGCGCUUGACUGUCAGGUGUUUGAUGAAAUGACUCAGAAGGUUUUAGCAAGAUCUCUCUUCAUUUUAGGGGGGCACUUUUCUUACACCGGUGAACCAGAGAUUGAGAGAUGGCUGUUGAGAAAAGCAGGCCUUGAACAAAUUUUGAAGGAAGAGGAAAAAAACACAGAAAAUUGGGAGAGAAAAGCAGCAGUAAUCUUACUUAGAAGCGGAAACAGAAGAUUACUCAGUGCUCUUUCGGAUGCAAUAGCCAACGGCAUUCCGUGCCUUGCACGUGCAAGCUUGGUUACUGUUUGCUGGAUUAGCGACGGUUUCGAUUCCGUCGGAGAUAAAGAGCUUCAGUUUGCAGCAUGCUCGAUUUUAGUGCCGCAAUUGAUCGAGUACUUGAAAGAUAACAACGAUGUCGAGGAAAAGAUUCUAGCAUCAUUUUCGCUGCAUAAUUUAACAAAGGGCACAGAUUAUAUUAUACGACAAUCCGAGUUGGAAAAAGAGGUUCUCCUGAGUUGCAUCGGCAAACUCGUUCGAGUUACAUGGACAGCUAAGGAGCUGAUUUCAGUUAUUACGACCGUUGAUUAGAUAUUUGCAUAUACCAUUCAUUAUACAGAGUGUAUGUUACUACUACAAGUAAAUAAAUUAAGCAUGUACAGGAUUGUAUUUUUGUUACAAUUAUUCUUUCUUUACUGUAUUUUUGUAAUGGAUAUAUAUUUCAAUUUUGAUAUUUAUAUCUUCAUCUGAAA